AUGGAGGUACAGUGCCUCUCAGACGAAUUCGCAAAAUGUGAUUUGGGCUCCGAGGGUGGGGUGCAAAUGGUGGAUAGCGCUGCGAAGAAGGGCGAUCGGGGAGGUGAACUGGUCAACGCUGCUCCUGAACCGAUCAACUCUGCUGCUGAACGGAUCGACGCGCAGUGGGAAGGGAGAACCCUUUACAACGGAAGAAGGCUCCACCCAGAUUGGGGAAGACGCUCUCAUGCAGGAAGAAGUCCACAGCGAGGAAGACGCUCCUCAUACAGAGGGAAAACACCCUCCCAUAGUAAAGCACCCCUAGAAGGAACAAAUGACACUACCGAAAUAUCAAAGCUAUGCGAACUGAAAGAAUAUUCACAGUUAGGGGAACAUAGAAAUAGCGUUGUAGCCAAUUUUAAUGACCUCUUUGGAGCGAAAGGACAUACCAUCACAAAAUCGUUAACAGAGAUUUUUCACUUAAAUGAAGAAGAAGAAACCAUUCUGUUCCUUACUCAGAAGUUUUUACACAUAUAUGGCUUAUGUAUCCCCUGCUUCAAAUUUAGCAGCCCUAACAGUCUGUGUAGUAACAACAUUAAGUGCAAAUGGUGCCAUCAUUACAGUCACACAGAUAAGAACUCCCCUUUGCAUCCUCAUAAAAUGUUACACAUGAGGAACAAGUGUAAAGUCUGUUCCUACUUUUCUAGAGAUGGUUUUUGCUCCAUCCAAAAUGAGUGCCAUUUUUGCCAUUCCGUUGAGCACUUACCAUCGAGAGUACGACAUUUAUAUUUUCGCAUCUUGAAUGAUCUGUAUGAAAAGAAAAAACACACCGAUGUGAUUACGAAAGAGUUGCUUUACAGUCUCCAGAAGGGGAGGAGUAGCAUCUGUGAUCGCAACCUUUUUGUUACCAUGGACAGGGAAUUCACGUUCAUCUAUGACGACAUUCAGGGGGGAGGAGGCAAUGUCGAAAAAGGUGGAGACAAUAGCACUGAAGGGGCGCAGAACACCGUAAAAACGUGUCCUGAGUGCCAAACACAGGGGAAGAAACCAUGUAAGAGUUACUUCCUUCCGGGGGAUGCGCACUCCACUUGCCUGGACAAUGGUAACUGCCCAGACUGCCACAGCGAGGUGCACAAAAAGAAAAAUUCUAGUUUAUACUUUAUGACUUACUUCCAUGAAAAGAACCUGUGCCAAGUGUGUCCCCACAUUGACGAGGAGAAGUGCCCCUGCGAAGCGGACAGCGCGUAUUGUCACGACACGGACCACAUAUCCUACGGCUUAAAAAUGAAGAACGUCCUGGGCGUCUGCGCAGCGACCUUGAGGGGGGAAUUUUCAGACGAGCACCAACCAGGGAAAGCGGCACCAGCGGAGGUUGCGGAUGAUCUUGCCAAAGUGGCCAAUUCGGUGUCCAUCGUCGCGGAUUCUGCCUUCGAUACCCACGCCUCUAACCUGAGCAGGAAUCGACAGGAUCAUCGGAGUAGUCAUCGAAUCCGCAGCAGCGUGGCGAGACACUCCCGCCCACCCAACGUGGAUUCCCCAAGCAGUGAAAGGAAAAGGGACCCACACAAGAGAAGCACACACGUAAGUGAAGCCUCCAAAAGAUAUGCACACUCAAGAAGUCACAGCAGAAAUGCACACACAGGAGGAAGAAUGCACAGAAGAGACGGUGUAGAGAGAAAAAACAACACAGAAAUGGGAACACCAGGACUCAGAAGUUAUACCAAACAACACGAGCAUCACUUAGGAAAUAAUUUGUGUGAGAAGGAUAUUUUAGCGUCUUAUGAGAAGAAUGAAGAACAUAGAAACUCAAAAUGCCUUUCCAGGAAGUACGCAGACGACCCGAGUGACCUUGGCAUACACCACAUGUCCGACAGCAGAAGCCGCAGAGCAAAGCGACCUCUAACCCUAUACGAUCAAGGGGACUCUUCGAAAGGAGAGGAAGAACAAAAUAUGUGUAAAGAUUUGCAGCAUAAGGUGAAGAACACCUCCUCUUCCCAGUUUGUGGCAUACAUUGACAUGGACGUAAGAGGGGAGAGUAAUCCCCUAACUGGGAAAUCACACAUGAAUUGUGGAAAUAUCGCAGGGGACAAUGAAGGGGGGGAGGUAUCUAGAACUAAGGAUGGCUGUAAUGGCACUGUGGAGGAAGGGACGACCAAUCCGAACGGUCAAGAGAUGAAAGCCGAAGACGAGCACAUUUGUAGGGAGAAAAAUGCGGGGAGCCAUGAUGGAAGCCACGCGGAAAGUCCCCAUGAAGGCCAUCUUGGAAGCCAUCAGGAAGGCCAUUUCUCAAACGAAUACAACUGCGGAGAAAGCAGCGCCUCCACGAAUGUAGAAAAAUGCAGCAUCGAGGGCGGAGAUGGCUCCUUCGGAAAGGGCCCCUUUUCCUGCACAAGUCAGAGCAACAAACGGGUGGACUCCAUGACCACGCAGGAAACAAAAUAUCAUUUGAACGAUCUCCAGAGUCUGAACAAGUUGGCCCUGGAUGACAUUCGAAAUUUUCAUGAUGAGGGCCAGGGCGAGGAGGACAUCGAGAUUGAGGAGGCCACCAGCAGAGUGAAGAUUAUUCAGGACGUGCCAACGCAUAAUGCGGAGCGGCCAAGGGGGGUUAGCAGAGGUGUCAGCAGAGGUGUCAGCAGAGGUGUCAGCAGAGGUUUUAAUAGAGGUAUUACCAGGGGUUUUAACAGAGGUGUUAUCACAGGUGUUACGAGACAUAUUAGCAGACAUACUAGCAGCGACAUUAGCAGCGAUAUUAGUAGCGAUAUUAGCAGCGACAUCAGCAGCAAUAUUAGCAGCCAUAUUAGGAGUGAUGUUAGGGGUGACGUCCGGGGCUAUGACAAGGGCAAUCCCAGGAGCGGCCACGCCAAUUGGAACCAAGGCAGGGACCAUGGCAGAAACCAGGAGGCGGGAAGAACGUGGAGAAAACAAAGAAUGAUGACAGGAGAAUUAACAGGGGGGUACUCGAUACAAGAACACAAUGCUAAUAGGUGCAUUCCGUGCGCGUUUUAUUUCUCUAGUGGGUGCAACUACUCUCACCACUGCAGAAACUGCCAUCAUGAGGAGCACCGGAAUCCCUCCAGCUAUUUAUGCUAUUACAAAAUGCUCCACAGAAUGAGGAAGUGUAAACCUUGUGUUGACUAUUUCAGGGGUACUUGCAGACAUAGUCAAAAUGGGACUUCUAGAGAAAAGAACCAAUGUGCGUACUGUCAUCAUGAAUCCCACAGAAGGGAGAUGGAAAGAAUGAUCAACGGGAGAGCCCACAAAGGGAGAAUCAGCGAGGGGAGUAUAUCGAGCCAAUCCACCUCGGGAUGGAAACGGCAGUGGCGUAGUUCCAGUCGAUCCGCUGUGAAGCCAAAGGAACGGUUACGCGGUUCCACUCCAUCCGAUGUGAAGCCAAAGGGACAGUUACGCAGUUCUAGUCUCUCCACAUUGGAGUCAAAAAACAAAACACGCAGCUCAAGUCUCUCCACACUUGCGUCGAAACGAAAACUCGUCAGAGGUCAUCGGUCUCCAUCAGGAAUAUACACAAAAAUGAAUUCCAAGAGAAGAAACAGAAGUGCUUUAUCCGAUUCUGAUAAAAAAUCAAUUACGUCAAAUGAAUCACACCCUGAGGAGAGAGUUCCCCUCUCCAGUAAAAAUGAAGAUCAGAGGGAGGAGUCCAAAGUGGGGUACACAAAUUGUAGUUUGUCUUCCAGAGGGGGGGGUAAAUAUGCCAGCAAUGGUAACCCCAUUUCCACAAAGGAGGGAAAAGAAGCAACAAAAAGAACAGCACCCAAAACCGUAAUGAGAAAAACUAAGGGAAUUACCGAAGAUGAUAAUUGGCGCUCCAUGGAGAACGUAACAUUGAGCAAAGGAAUGCCAAUUGGUCGGUACCGUGAGGUGAGACACGUCAGGAGGUAUUCCUCCCCUGAGGGUGCCAGCAUGGGAGGAAGCAACGUAGGAAUCAGCGGAGGAAGCAGCCGAAAAGAGCAGAACCACCGCAUCGACAGCAACGGAGGCAGCCCUAUCAACCGUCGCAGCUCGCAUUCACAUUCGCGCACCCCCUCUGAAGGCGAAUCCGCCUUGAGCGGCGGAAGCAGCCAAGUGUCCGACAGCCAAAGCGAUGCUACACACCGCACUAACUCCCCCGACCCAGAAGAAUCAGAAAAGAGAGAAGUAAUCACCCACAAGAAAGAAGCCAAAUCAUGGCGCAGGAAACAGGAACCUAUUAAACAGGCCACUCACAAUUUAUGGAUUCGUCGCAGACCCUUCAGUCGACAUGAAAAGGGAGCAUGCCAUCCAUGCGUGUACUACUUUAUAGGCUUCUACGGAUGCUCAAAUGGGAAAAGGUGCCUAAAUUGUCACCAUGAAGAUCAUAGAAAUCCCCACACGUCGUUUCAUCCCUCUCGGCUUCUACACGCUAAGAAGUUGUGCAUCCCAUGUACGAACUAUUUCAAGGGGGAAUGCACCAGACCCAUGCACGCGUGUGUGUACUGUCACAACGAGUCACAUGCAGGUGAGAUGAGUUGGCAAAGAGGGCAUGAACAAAACGGGGGAGGUGCGGCACACGGGAAAGAGGCGUCCGCAAAAAAGGGGCUCUCCAAGGGGGACGCCACAAAAGGGGCAGGCCCAAAAGGAGAUCGCACCAUAAAGGAGAUUUCCGAAGAGGAACCCCCCAAACGGGACCGCGCCAAAGUCAACCGUCAAACGGGGAAGCAUUUCCAUUACGUCAAACAAGUCGGAUACAGAGAACGAGAUGCGCACGACAGGGGAGUCUGUCAUCCCUGUACCUUCUUCUUCUCUGGAAAUAAUGGAUGCUUAAAAAGGAAUCGGUGCCCAAAUUGCCACAAUAGAGACCAUGCAGACAUUCACUCAGCCUACCAUCCAUCGAAGCUGCUGCACUAUAAGGGGAUAUGCUACCCCUGUGUUGGGCACAUGAAGGGAACAUGCAGGCGAAGGUCGUAUGAGUGUGUAUACUGUCAUAAUGAGGAGCAUCUCUCGAAGGACAGGAAGGAUCAAAUGAGAAAAGUUAUCGACUCGGUUAGUGAGAAGAUGAAAGACAGAAGGAGGGACCACCAGAAGAUGCCCCAUGCAUACAGGGAAGAUAGGAGGUAG